UCGAGUUCAGGACGAGCACGAGCAGCUGGAUCCGGGACUCAGCGACUCCCACGGGGGUGAAGACCGUCGGUGCUUGUGACUGGAUCCAUGUCGGUGGGAUGGUGCUCCUGAAGCCCACCUCGCACACGCCGUCAGUUGCGCACGCCAUCUUCAGAGAGAGGAACUGAAAAAGAACCGACACAAUGUCAGUGGCGAUGGAGACCACGGCGUCCAGGGUUCCUCUCCCUCUCCCGACCCACUUCUCCCAUGCAGAGCAGUCCUUCUCCCUCAAAAAGCGACAUGUCCCCUUCUCCUCGUCGUCUCUGUCCAACUUGUCCUUUUCUUCCCCAGCCCGGGUCUCACAUUCUUUGCCCCCGCUGCCACCAUCCAAGGGAUGUCCCCCGUUGAGCAGGGUGUUCGCCCAGCAUCCAUCCCCCUGGACGCCCCUGUCUUGUUCCCUUAGUAAAUCUCCCAGGACAAAUUCUGUGUAUGAUCCCAGCAAACAGAAGUCCUAUUUCAGUCAGUGCUUCACUAAUUUGGGUCUCCUGGGAAGAGGAUCCUUUGGAGAGGUCUACAAGGUGCUAAGUAGAGAGGAUGGUCGCCAGUACGCAGUGAAGCGCUCGGCUCAUCGCUUCAGGGGAAACAGUGAGAGGAACCUGAGUGUGAGGGAAGCGAGGAACCAUGAGCGUCUGUGUCCUCACCCCCACAUCCUGAAAUUUGUGGCAGCCUGGGAGGAGUAUGGUCGACUGUACAUUCAGACAGAGCUGUGUAGCACCAGCUUGCUGCUCCAUGCUGAGAACCAGCCUCCCGGCCCAGAUGAGCCUGCAGCCUGGGCCUACCUGUGUGACCUCCUCUCAGCACUGCAGCACCUGCACUCUCGUGGUUUUGUUCAUCUGGACCUCAAGCCGGCCAACGUCCUCAUCACUGACUCUGGUCGUCUGAAGCUGGGGGACUUCGGGCUGCUGCUUCAGCUCAAACACAAGAGCUCAGAGUCUGUGGACGGGAAAGUGAAAGACGAUGCUCAGGAGGGGGACCCCAGGUACAUGGCCCCUGAGCUCCUCCAUGGGGAAUAUGGACCUGCUGCGGAUGUUUUCAGCCUGGGCGUGUCUAUUCUGGAGCUUGCCUGUAAUAUUGAAGUUCCAAAUGGUGGCGAGGGCUGGCAACAGCUCAGACAAGGCUGCCUCCCCUCAGAGUUUACCAGCAGCCUGUCGACUGAGCUGCAGACAGUAUUGAAGAUGAUGCUGGUCCCAGAACCUUCUGAGAGACCAACAGUCGCUGAGCUUCUGGCUCUUCCCUCUGUCAGGAAACACAGGUGGAAGAGGCGCAUUUAUCUCGUGGUCACAGAGACUUUGUUGACUCUGACCAGCCUUUGCCAGUUGGUGUUGUGCUUUGGGUGCAGACUCAUGUCCUCCCUUCACUUGUCCUUUCUUCCUCGUUGGACCAAACCAGCUCCCUGCACCCCUCCUAAGGACAGCUGGGACAGAGAUUUGUCCCUGUCCCUCAGCGCCAUGCAUGCUGAGCCAGGCAGCCCAGGGGAUGACGCAGUGUUUCUGUUGGAUCGCACCAACCCAGAGCUUUCCCCCACCUUCUCACAGAGGGUCAGAUCCAGAAUGUCUGUGGAAAGCACAUCCACUCCUCUUCCAGUUUCACCGACACGCAGUCAUCAAAGUCCUGCCCGCACACCCACUCUCUCAAAUCUGGGUGACUGGUCCUGUAACUUGGCUCAGACCCCCUCCAGCAUCCACUCUAAUGGUUCCUGCCGCACUCUGACCCCAAGUGCCAUCCCCAUACACACAGAGCUUCACACAGACGGCGUGAAUGAGAAGUCAGCGCACAGCCACCAUUCUUCCUCCGCCAAGUCGUCACAGCGGCGCGGCCCUGACUCGGUGCGAGUAGAGGAGGUUGUACCCCGACCCAGCUUUGAACCAAAGAACCUGCUCAGUCUGUUCGAGGAAACGACUCUCGAGGACAAGCAGUGAGACUGCCAGCUCGCCUGUCAGGUGUCAGGUUAACGACCACCUGAUGUUUGAAUGUACUCCGUUCACCAAUCAGCUUGUAUGAACUGUAUUCUCUGCCAUAUUGUCACAGUCUUACAACAGCUUCUUUUAACGUGUAUUUGAAAAGAUGGAAAAAAGAUUUAGAGAUUAGCGUUGAACAUGUAAUCAAACCUUUAAAGCACUUUUUAUGUUUGGGUAAAUGCAAUCUGUUACUUAAGUCCUGGUUUAUUGUUGUAUAAGUUAUCAUUAGCUUGGUGUGCUCUGAGUCGUGUAUCUCAAGAGCUGCAAAGGGAAAUAAAACAAGGAGAACAAGCAAAAUGUCAA